UUCCCGCUGCGGGCGGCGGCUCCUUCUGCCCUUUGCCUCGGCGGCUCCCCCCGCCCCCGCAAGCCCCUCCCUUCCUGCUGCAGCUUAAGAUGGCGGCUGAGGUGGAUUUCGGGGAUCGCGAGCUCUUCGAGCAGCUCGAGGGAGAGGACGGGCCGCCGCCACCGCCUCGCCUCAGCUUCGAGGAGGAGGAGGAGAAACCCGAGAAAGCCCUGGAGGAGCUGUACGCGCGGCUGCGGGCCCGCGAGGAGACGGUGCAGCGGCUCCGGGUGGAGAAUCAGGAACUUAAAAGGAAGCUGAAUAUUCUGACUCGUCCUAGUGGAAUUUCAGUGGACAACUCCAAAGUUGAUGGACCUCUGUUACAGAUUUUAUUUAUGAACAAUGUAAUUUCUAAGCAGUAUCAUCAAGAAAUUGAAGAUUUUGUUUUUAAUUUAGUUCAGAAAUAUGAAGAGCAGAAGAGAGGUGAACAAGAAAAAACAAACUUCAAUGUUAAGCCACAGCCCUCCAGUGUUCUUUUGGAAGAGGACUGUAAAACAGGAAGCUCGAAUUCUGUUAAAAAAAUGAAAGAAGCUUUUAGUGUUGUAGGAAGUGUUCUGUAUUUUACCAAUUUUUGUCUCGAUAAACUGGGACAGCCUAUAUUAAAUGAGAAUCCACAGCUGACAGAAGGAUGGGAAAUACCUAAAUAUCAUCAAGUUUUCAGCCAGAUUCUCUCCCUAGAUGGACAAGAAAUACAAGUCAAACCAAAAAGCAGGCCAAAACCGCAUUGUUUCAAUUGUGGUUCUGAAGACCAUCAAAUGAAAGACUGUCCAAAGCCACGAAAUGCAGCUCGUAUAAGUGAGAAGAGAAAGGAGUUUAUGGAAGCUUGUGGUGAAGCGAGCAAUCAGAAUUAUCAGCAGCGUUAUCAUGCAGAAGAAGUAGAAGAGAGGUUUGGAAAAUUUAAACCAGGAGUCAUUAGUGGGGAGCUUCAAGAUGCACUUGGUGUCACAGAUAAGAGUCUUCCUCCGUUUAUAUAUCGCAUGCGUCAGCUGGGUUACCCUCCAGGUUGGCUCAGGGAGGCUGAAAUGGAGCACUCAGGGCUUGCGCUUUAUGAUGGAAAAGGUGAUGGUGGAACAGAACAUGAAGCAUCUCAUCAACCAAAACGUAUCACUUACGAUGUCUCUAAAUUGAUAAACUAUCCAGGCUUUAAUAUAUCCACUCCAAGUGGGAUCCCAGAUGAAUGGCAGAUAUUUGGUUCCAUCCCCAUGCAGCCAUCUCAACAGAAGGAUGUUUUUGCUAACUACCUUUCUAAUUUUCAUGCGCCAAGCCCAAAAUCUACUACUAAAAGGGCUGCAUCUCAGACAAGCUCUCAACAUUCAAAACGACCGAAAGAAGACAAUUUGGAGGUACCAGCAGCUGACAUGGACCUAGAUUCUGAUCUGGAAAUGUCACAAACUCAUAACAGUUUUCAGUUCCAACCUCCGCUGCCACCUGGAUGUCCAUCGAUGUCAACUCCUCCUCCUUUACCAAGAGGAACACCACCACUAAAUCUUACAUCAACUCAACCUUCAACGCCCACCUGCCCUCCUCUUCCUAGGACUACUCCACCACUGAAUCCUUCCGGUGAUACUCCUCAGCCAAAAAUAGUGGACUCGAUCAUGGAUGAGGAUACUCUGACCUUGGAAGAGCUGGAGGAACAGCAGCGAUUAAUCUGGGCAGCACUAGAGCAGGCAGAAAGCACAAACAGUGACUCUGAUAUUCCUGUUGAUACACCUUUAACUGGCAAUUCUGUUACAUCAUCACCAUCUAGGAACGAAGUAGAUCUUGUUGCAGAAGUAAGAUCAUCUGAUAAGGUGAUUACAGUGGAAACUAGGUUUUCCGACAUCAGUGGACAGAUAUCAGAAAAUGAACAUUUUGUAACUAGUCCUAAUCCAGGAGAUAGUUUACUUAACUUAAAGGAAAAUUGUGAUAAUAGAGAUUCUGAAGGCCUGGUGGAUAACACCAUGCCUGCUCCCGACCAUGAGGUUAAAGAUAUAGAAAAUAUAGGUGGUAAUAAAGUGGUUACAAAUAUUGAAUCAUCUGCAAAAAACUCCAGUCUUGUUCCUGAUAUGAGCAAGUUUGCUGUAGGCAUAACACCAUUUGAAUUUGAAAAUAUGGCAGAAUCAACAGGUGUUUAUCUACGAAUAAGAAGCGUGUUAAAAAAUUCCCCAAGAAACCAGCAAAAGAAAAAGACUUCAUCUUAACUGGUCUUCCUUUGUUUCGUUAUGUCCGAAUCCCUGUUUCCUUCUCUCUCCUCCUCUAGUUGUACAAACUCAGAUAGCCUUCCUCUUCUUUUUGGGGGAGGGAGAAAAUCUUGACAAAUACAGCUCUGCCCCAUUCUUCCUUGGGACUGAAGACAAUGCAGGGCUUCCAUAUUGACCAGGACCGUCAAUGCGGCCAGAAAACAUAGGAGAAUUUUCCUAAAUGGCAUCCUUCCACUAAGGAGUAACAGGACUGUUGAUUUGUUAAGAGCUAUUUACUUGCCAAUACAUGAAACUCUAAAAAGAGGGGUUUGUGGUUUGCUGUUCAUUACUUUGGCUAAGAUUUAUAUUGUCCUUGAGUUUCAGGUGGAUUGGUGAUUUUUUUAAUAUCUGUCCUUUGUACAAUAAUCUAUACUUUAUACAUUUUGCUAAUUAUCCUGUAGAUAAGUUUAAUAUAUUCAGAAUGUUUUUAAAGAGGUCUAACAUUGAGAUUUCCCACAUCAAAAUCCUGGCAAUUGGAUGAAAAUAAUCAGGGAUUACCAGCAUUAUCUUCACCAUUUCAGAUAUUUUUAUAAAUUAUUUAUGUGGAUCAGUUUUAAUUACCACUGUAUCUUUUGUAACAUCAUCCUUCAUGUAAACUUGCUGUACAUACAUGUUCAUUGUUGUGUACAGACGUUUAAUAAACGAGCUUUUAUAUAAAGAUAUUUUUUUUAAA